UCUAUACAUGCGGCUGGUGUGAGGGAAGGGAGGCGAGUGUGGCUAAAAUGCGAAAAAAAAUGACAUUUCUCAACUCGCUGCACAGAACAGUAUACUCGUUAUGGAUUAUACUCAUAUCUCUCGAUAUGCAUAUACUAGAGGUAGAGAGUACGAGUGCAGCAGAAGUAGACCGACACUUGCAAAUGGGAGUGCAGAUGUUAGCGAAGGGCCAGCUCCAUGAUGCGCUCUCUCAUUUUCAUGCUGCCAUAGAUGGUGAUCCAACCAACUACUUGAGUUAUUACCGUCGCGCCACAGUGUACUUGGCCCUGGGCAGAGCGCGGCCAGGUCUCCAGGAUCUGGAUGAGGUGAUUAAGCUCAAGCCCGACUUCACUGCCGCCCGGGCACAGCGUGGCGGGGUCUUGGUCAAGUUGGGUCGCCUAGAGGAGGCUCACAUUGACCUGGAACACGUGCUACGGAAAGAUCAAAACCACGAGGAAGCGAAUAAGUUAUAUGUGACAAUAGAACCACUGAAAAAGGAAAUCCUGGAGGCAUACUCAAGUGUUAGAACAGGGCGUUAUCAGCAUGCUAUCCUCCUGCUGAAGAACAUCAUUGAGCGGUGCCCCUGGGACGCUUCCCUCCGUGAGUUGCGCGUGGAGGCCUACCAGGCUGUGGGGGAUAUCGCAAGUGCCAUCGCCGACCUGCGCGUCACCACCAAGCUCAUCCAGGACAACACCUCUGGGUUCCUUAAGCUCGCCACACUCUACUAUCAGACGGGUGACGUGGAGCAGGGGCUGAAUGAAAUUCGUGAGUGCCUGAAGUUGGACCCAGAUCACAAGGAGUGCUUCACUUUCUACAAGAAAGUGAAAAAGGUCAACAAACUAGUCACUAAUGCUCAGGAGUUUGCAAAUGAGAAAAAGUAUGAGGAUUGUACUGCUACAGCAAGCAAGAUCCUCAGAGAAGAAAAGGAGUAUGAGGAAGUCAGGUUCCUCGCCUACGACAAGCUGUGCCAGUGCCAGUCUCGCACCGACUCAGAAGCUGCUGUGGAGGCAUGCCAGAGGGCCAUUGACAUUAAGGAGGAGGCAAGACUUUACUGUGAUAUGGCAGAAGCCCUCUUGCUCGAUGAGAAAUAUGAUGAAGCUUUAAAUAGUUACCAGAAAGCCCUCAAUAUUGAUGAAGGGCUUCAGAGAGCAAAGGAAGGUGUCGACAAGGUGCAGAAACUUAAAAAACAAGCUAGUAAAAGAGAUUAUUAUAAAAUCCUUGGCGUUAAAAGAACAGCUGGCAAGGACGAAAUCAAAAAGGCUUAUAGAUCAUUAGCACAAAAGUGGCAUCCAGACCACUACGAAGGAAAAGAGAAGGAGAAAGCUGAAAAAAUGUUCAUUGAUAUUGCAGCGGCAAAGGAGGUGCUGACCGAUGAAGAAAUGAGGGAGAAGUUUGACCGAGGCGAAGACCCCCUUGACCCCGAGCAGCAGCAGCAGGGCCAUGGUGGCCAUGGCUUCAACCCCUUCCAGCACUUCCACUUCCAGCACGGAGGCUUCCCUGGUGGUGGAUUCCAUGGUGGAGGUUUCAAAUUUCACUUUAACUAAUGCAGUGCAUUUUUUAGUGUUUUUUUUUUGUAAAUCCUUAGAAAAAAAAGUUUAUUUAUUAUAUAACUGGAUUUGUAUGUGUGAGAUGGCUGGAAUUACUUUUUGUCACUAAACACAAAAUUAUGAAAAUAUCACAUUAAAUAAAAGUCAAAAGGAAAUGUAAGAUCAUACAAAGUAGCUCAUCACUAAAUGGGACAAGCUAUUUAUAAGUUCUACCUUUAAAUGUUAUCAUUAUUUACAAAGAAAUCACAAGCCUUGAUCAUUAAGAAAUAUAAUUGGUUGACUGUUCACUGAACAGGAAGUUCAUUGCUCUAGAAGGAAAGUCAGUAAAGAAGGAAAUGCUCAGGGGUGUCUAUGACAUCUUACUUGCAACCUGCUUGAAUUUAAUCUGAAAGUUGAAUAUUUUAAGGAUCAUAGUAUUUCAGGGAUUACAGUUCUAGGCCGCCAACAUCGUAAGAAACUUACACUCUAGUGCCUUGCAUUUUUGGUCUUUUUAUUUUUUGAUAUAUAUAUUUUUUUUUUUACUAAUUUUCUUCUUUUUAUAACCUCUUCUUCCUUCAUCAGAAAAAUGUUUCCUUUAAGCUUUUGAUUCCUUCAAGCUUUUGAUUCCUUCAUGAUUUAUGUUGUUAUUGAACUUCUACUGACAAUAAAUGAUCAAUAGAUUUGUGAGUGGUGAUGGAGUGAGUGUUAAAAUUUUGUGUUGAUGUGUCACAAUUUGUAUAUCUUUCUAGCUAGAAGAAAUUGUCUAUUCUGACCAUUAGUAGCAAAGGAAUGGCACAUGAAAGAUUCCUCUCCUUCACUAAUGGAUUAAUGUGGAUUUUUUUUUGUUGUUGUUGUUGUCGUCUUUCCAUUUUUUGUUACAGGCAUUUGUUUUGUUAUCAUAAUGUAUGAUUUUACAUUUUCUUUCUUGAACUAUCUUUUCAUAGAAGGCUAUUUGAGAAGCAUUUAGUGAGAAAUCAUAUUCAUGCAAAUUCAUGAUGUCAUCAGUAUGUAAAUUGUACAUCCACAUAGCACCUCAAGGUAGGACAGAUAUCAUGUACCAUUAUGAAAUCAGAAAAACAUUGUAAGAGCUGAAAGUAAAAGAAUUAUCAUUAUUUGAUAUGAAA